AUGGCGUCCCCUUCUCAAGCAACACCACAGCCGCUCAUGAAUCUUCUCCCAGACGGUCUCUCCCCCGACUCCAUCGACACGCUCCCCGUCCUCUCAGCAGUACUAGCCCGCCUCCAAAAACCCUCUCCUUCCUCGACCUCUCCGCCAGCUACAUCUCCUUCUCAAAUAGCUUCCGGCACCGGCCCUCUUGAAAUCAAAGAUAUACCCACCGCGACAGACGAGAUUAAGCAUAAACUACAGAAGGCUAGGAUGCAGGUCAAGGACCUGCCGGAUAUGGAUCGCAAAAUUCAGGAACAAGAGGAGGAGAUCGCGGAGUUAGAGGAGAAGGUUAGGAGGCAGAGGGAGGUGUUGGAGAGUUUGAGGGAUGUUGGGGUUAAGGCGAAGGGUGAGAGGGAACAGAGGGAGAAGGAGGGUGAGGAUGCUAUGGACUUGAAAGGGUGA